AGCAGCAGAUGGUCCAGCCAGCAGGUGCAAAAGAGAGGACCCGUUUCAACACCAGGUCUUAUGAGGGGGCACUGGAUGAACUGCAUUGGCCAAGGGAGUACCCCACCUGCGGCGGGAGGAGACAGUCCCCCAUCAACCUGCAGAGGAAAAAAGUUCAGUACAACCCAUCCCUGAAGGCUCUGAACCUGACAGGCUACGGGGUCCAGGCGGGCGAGUUCCGCAUGAUCAACAACGGCCACACAGUGCAGAUCAGCCUGCCCCCGACCAUGCACAUGACGGCCCCCGACGGCACCCAGUACACAGCCGAGCAGAUGCAUUUCCACUGGGGUGGAGCGUCCUCAGAGAUCAAGGGCUCCGAGCACACCAUCGACGGCAACCAAUUUGUGGCGGAGAUUCACAUUGUUCACUACAAUUCUAAAUACGAGAGCUACGACAGAGCGCAGAGUGAACCAGACGGCUUGGCUGUGCUGGCAGCCCUCAUUGAGGUCAAGGAUCACGGUGAAAACACUUACUACAGCAACUUCAUUGCCCACCUGAACAACAUCCGGUAUCCAGGACAAAGCACGGUUCUGAGUGACCUUGACAUUCUGCACAUGCUCCCCGAGGACAUCCAGCACUACUACAGCUACAAUGGGUCGCUCACCACUCCUCCCUGCACUGAGAACGUCCACUGGUUUGUGCUGGCCCAUCACGUGCCGCUCUCCAGAGCACAGAUUUGGAAGCUAGAGAAUUCCAUAGUGGAUCACCACAACAAGACCCUCCACAAUCACUACCGGAGGACCCAGCCCCUGAACAACAGAGUGGUGGAAACCAACCUCAUGAAUUUCCCUCACCUACCGUAUAAUCUAGGUCCCGAGUUCCAGCUUUACAAAAAAAAGCUCGACAAAUGGGUUGAAUUCUUGAGAAGACUUACUGAAAAGAGGAACAAGAAAGACAAAUUCUAGAGAUGGCGAGCUUGAAGCGGGAGGUGUGCAGGACAGAAGGGCCCUCCUCUGAGCCCACGCCCUGCCCGGCUCCUCCCCGACCCCGGCUCCUCCGAGAAAUCCGAGAAAUCCGGCGCCGGGAUUGCAGCCUCCCCGAGGCUCCUGUUCCCGUUUCUGUAAGACUGAGUAAACCACUGUCCCUGAGCGGAAAUGAGGUGGUUUAAGGGUAUGAGAAGGGGUUUGUUAGAAGACACCAAUGGGAAUUGAUUGGAAUAGAAAUGUAAAGGAAAUGGAGCCCUAAGUAUCUUCCUAUCGAAUCAUGCAUGUUGAUCUGUGUAAAUUACAAAGCAGCCCGGACUGCCCUGUGGGA